UAAACGUACUAUAUGUAUAUGCAUCUGUCUGAGCAGUAGGCAGCCGAGGGACAGAUUGUAACGUUAUCGCCAUGGAAAAGAGUAAAAAACUCGGUUCGUUGCCACUCCUCGCGUUUAAUACUCAGAUAUAAACCGUAAACAUAACGGAUCGGCGCAGUCGCUGCGAAGUAUUUACUCCGUCGUAUUCGAGUGUGUAUACAAUUAACGUGAAAAUGAAAGUGACUCUUGCGUUUUGCCUCCUGGCGCUGAUGUGCAUAGCUUCCGCCGAAAUUGAAACCUGUUCCGACGUGAGCAGCUGCAGCGAGGCGCUCAAGAGCAGGUGCAACGAGAUGUCGGAAUCCCUGAAAGAAUCAGGUAGUGACCAAAAACUGGCUUUGGCCUGUAAAAACGGAGUCUGCAUGUGCAACAUCGAGUUCGUCGAAAACGUGGCGAUGAAUCCAGCCCCGACGGAAGCGAACGUCGAGAAGGAGAAGGAAGACGAGGAGGGAAAAGAGGCGGAGAACACGGAAGCGCCGUAAAGCUCAAUGUAGUCCAGCAGUGAUUUUUUGUAUAAAUUCAAAAACAAUAAAACGAACCACUUCUAAAAUCA